CACCAAUUCACUUCUCUUCUCCCCAUCUGAUGAAGAGAGACUAAGGCCUCGGGUUCAAUUGAGGAAGAUCCAGAAGCCAUCUACCUCGUUCCAUUCCUCCUGCGGCUUCGCUAUGGAUCCAGUUGAUACCGCCAAUGCUCCUAAUUUUACCACUCAAGUCAAUGGAAUCCCGAUGCUUAAUGGAACAAAUUUCAAGUCUUGGAAAGAGGCUGUAGAAAUUGUUUUAGGAUGCAUGGAUUUAGAUCUGGCAUUAAGGACAGAGCGACCCACUUCCACUCCAGAAAACUCUAAUGAGGCGAAAAUUGAGAAGUGGGAUCG